GGGGCGGGCAGCGCCAACUGACAACGCUCUUCUUAUAGUUCUCCAGCUUGAGCAAACUCCUGAAGUAGGGUACGUUUUAAGAUGUCGUGGAAUGUGAGACCCCUGCUGACGCUUUCAUCUUGCAUGUUCCUCUGGAACUUAUGAUUUAACGCCUCAACAAUCAAGAUAGCCAGACGUACUUACCUGGCCUCGAGAAAGUAGUACGGCUACACGUAGGCCAGCCUCGGAGUAGACAAACUUCAUAAAAGAACGAUUUUGAGAAAGUACCAGUAUGGGGUUCGAAACCCAGAUUGAGUCUGUUGUUUGUUCUCGCCUUGCCCCGAGGGUUUUUCUCCGGAUUUGUCGAGUUUCUUUCCGCCAAAAUCAACACUUCUAAAUUCUAAUGUCUAUGUCGAUCCAGGAGACGAACCACUCCGUGUAUUUUGUUUUAUCUUUCCUUGAUUGUAAGGGUGUAUGCCUGGAAAAGUCACGCUUCCUGGUUGUGUACAGGAUCAAGACGUAUCGUAUAGUAGGGGCUCGCCUCACGCACUGGUCCUCGAGCGUGGGACUCUCGCAGGUUAGCUCCCAUAUGGCUGUGCGAGCUAAAGUUGCUCAACAACAAGAUGGCGGACGGCAGUGACAACACGUGUACUUUUUCCAGUUUGGGUUUAAAUAAAUGGCUUGUGAAACAGUGCCACGCUGUAGGAAUAAAACGUCCGACGGAAAUUCAACAGAACUGUAUUCCACCAAUCUUAGCAGGAAGAGAUUGUAUUGGCUGUGCGAAAACUGGAAGCGGAAAGACGGCAGCAUUCGCUCUGCCGAUUCUUCAGAAACUCUGCGAAGAUCCGUACGGGAUAUUCGCUGUAGUUCUCACUCCCACCAGGGAACUGGCUUAUCAAAUCUGUGAUCAGUUCAGAGUUCUUGGCAAACCCAUAGGCCUCAAGGAAGCUGUUAUCAUAGGCGGUCUGGAUAUGAUGAAACAGGCCUUGACACUUGCUGAAAAACCUCAUGUUGUUAUAGCAACUCCUGGGAGACUUGCUGACCACCUUAAGAGCACAGAUACAGUUGAUCUCAAGAGAAUUAAGUUCUUAGUUCUUGACGAAGCAGACAGACUUUUGGAUCCAUCAUUUGGUGAAGAUCUACAGGUCAUUUUUGACAAUGUUCCGAAGAAAAGACAGACAUUACUUUUUAGUGCCACUCUCACGGAUACACUGCAGGAACUGAGAGAGAUGUCUUGCAAUGAUCCAUUUUACCAUGAAGUCAAGUCUGAUAUUGCAACAGUUGCCGAACUUGACCAGAAAUACAUUCUAACUCCUGCAAGUGUGCGAGACUGUUAUCUCAUUCAUGUGCUGAGGGAGCACAGUGAAAAUAAAUCAGUGAUUGUCUUCACGCAUACCUGCAAAAACUGCCAAACAUUGGCAAACAUGUUAUGGAAAUGUGAACUUCCUUGUGUGGCUCUACAUUCACUCAAAUCCCAAGGAGAAAGACUGGCUGGCUUAGCUACAUUCAAGUCAGGAAUAGUCAAGAUUCUUGUAGCAACUGAUGUGGCAAGCCGUGGAUUGGACAUUCCCCAGGUAGAACUUGUUAUUAACAGCAAUGUGCCAGCAUCACCAAAAGACUACAUACAUCGUGUUGGCCGUACAGCGAGAGCAGGGCGUGGUGGAAUGGCCUUAACACUAGUGACGCAGUAUGAUGUAGAGCGGGUGAAACAAAUUGAAGCUACUAUCAACACAAAGCUUGUUGAGUUUGACACUAAUGAGAACGAAGUGCUGCCAUUGCUGAAGGCAGUCAUGGUGGCGAGAAGAGAGGCUGAGUUGAGAGUCAGAGGAAGUGCUGUGUUGGAAAAGAGAAUGAUUAACAAGCGAAAGAAACUUCUCCUGGAAGGCAAGGAUCCUGAUGUGAAGCCAGUGAAAAAGAAAAGGAGGAACAAACAUGGGAGAGAAAAAGCAAAUUGAAAAAUGAUUUUGUUUUGAAACUGUGGUUGGCUGAAAGAAGUUGAGGUUUAACAAGGUACAUGGCAGAAAAUUCACAUAGUUUAUUUCAUGAAAUUUGGGCCAAAACUUAGCUUUACUUCUUGACACUUGCUCACACAAAAAUUACAAAACUGUGAUACUUUGAUGUUGCAAAAAUUGAAUGUACCAGUAAGAAAGUACUCUUUUAUUCUCACUGACAGCCUUGCCAAAAUUUGUAUUACAUAGCCCUAAGUCUAGCAGAAAUGCAACAUGGAGUUCAAUUGGAACAACAAUAUCUGUAUACAGCUGUUUCGACAAAGGUUGUGUCACAAAACUUAAGCAUACACCACAAUGCCGAUUGACAGUGAUAGUUUAUCGUAACUUGAUUUAUGUUCACAGUGUUUCAGCAAGAAGGAAAGGGAAGCAUGAGUAAAUGUUUGUGCUGUUUCUUUCUAUCACGCUGAAACAACUUGCAGCUUCAAUCAAGACACCUUAAGCCACCAUUACCCAUAAUACCUUUUGACAUUGUUGCGUAAGCUGAUACGCUUUUGUGGGACAACCUUUCUCAAAACAGCUGUUUACCAUCAAGAAAGGAGGCUCUGGAUAACAUAAAUUUACUGGUGUGUUCAAGAGGUUGCAACAGAAAUAAAAAUAAAGCAUCUUUCGUCAGUUAAUGCA